AUGAAUAUAUUUGAAAUAUUUUAGCACGAUGAAUACAUUAAAUAGAAUCCAGAGAUUCUAUAAUUUAUUUACGAGAUGUAAAAGGAAUGGAUAGAUUUUAAGGGAAUUAUAGACAAAUUGUUUGUAGAUUUAGAAUACAAUAAGCUUAAAGUUAGAGAGUAAUGGAAUGUUAUAACCUAAAAGAGAUAGCCUUUAGUUAGAAUAAUUAGAGAGUACUAUUUUAAUAAAUUUGAAAAGCAUAUGCUUAAAGAAUACAAAGAUGAAUUCUAUUCUAUACUGAACUUAGAUAGAACGGAAAGCGAGAUAAAUACUCAAAAUUUUAUUAAGGCACUACUUUCUCUUAAUAAAAAAUAUGAAAUUCAUAUGAACUUCUUGCAAGAUCUUGAUUUAGAGUGUGAAGAAAUGCAAAAAAAAUAAAAUUUAUCAGUUAAUUUAUCUUAGAUAUUUAGCUUGAACCUUAUUGAGAUAGCAAAUUUAAAUGAAAAUAUAUAUGCUUUCUACAGAAAAGAGCUUAUAAAAUUUAUGAAAUUCGUAUUAAAAGAACACUCAAGCCAAAUAGAUCAAUCGCUUAUUACUGAAUCUAGAAGAACUCUUAUAGAAAAUGAACCUGAAAACUUUUAAGUUGAUAUCUACUAAAACUUUUUUUAAAUAUCUAUUGAACUUGGAUUCUACACAAAAUCCUUAUAAAUAUUGAAUGAAGUGCUUGUAAAAGACAUUCAAGAGUAUAUAGAGAGCUAAUAAGAGGCUCUAUAAAAUAAUACUCCUAUUUUAAAGAGGUGUAUUUCAUAUUUUUCUAACUUUCACUUAAAUUUUCUUCAAGUUAUUGCUCAGAGUGUUAAAACAAUAUCGAGUAAAGAAAUAUAACUUGAAUAACUAUAAGGAGAGCUUAAAAUUCUUUAAGAUUAGCUUUUGAGUAAAAUAUAUGAGAUCUAUGGUAAAAUAUGUAUAUAAAAUAUUUUCAGAAUCGUGUUAGAGUUUCCAGAAUCUUACGAACUUGUCUAAGAAUUAAAAGAAAUUGUUGAAAAGACAAAUCUAAUAUUUGACAUGUGUGAUUUUUUGUCUAGUUAAAUUAGUUAAAGAUUGCUAAUACCUGGAGUUAUAACAACAAACAUUUUAAGCUAAUACAUAAAUUGUCUUUAAAUUCUUUAAAUUAUAGAUCCAAAAGCUCUUAUUUUGGAAAAAGUUACUUUUCCUAUUAAAAAUUAUCUGCUUAAAAGAAAUGAUACAUUGAGAUGCAUUAUUGAGCAUUUAACUGAUGAUAAAAAUACAAAUAAAUUAGUUCAAGAAAGACUAAAAAUUCCUUCUAAAUUUUAAAGUUAUGAUUUAUCCUCAGAUGAAGAUGAAAACGAGGCAGAGAAAUGGGAAGUUUAAUAUUUAAACUAAAAAAAAUCGGAAGCAAUUAAAAUUAAGUAUUAGGAGAGUGACUUACUUAGUAUUUUGGUUAACUUGUAUGGAUCACAAGAAUCUUUCAUUAGCGAGUAUCAAAAUAUGCUUGCAGAAAAAAUGAUGGGAACAAGAAAUUUUGAUAUUGAUGAAGAAAUCAAAAAUUUAGAACUUUUGAAAUUAAGAUGUGGAGACUACAGCCUACAAACUUGCAACAUUAUAGUUAAGGAUGUUAAGGAUUCAAAAAGAAUUGACAACUUGAUUCAUUCAUAUAAAAAACCUAUUAACCCUGAAGCAUCUCUUAAGAAUCCUCUACUUUCUAUUGAUUAACUUCACUGCAUGUUUGUUUCUAAAGGAUAUUGGCCUAUUAAUUAUGAAGUGGAAGGAUUUCCUCUUCCUUCUUAUUUAGAGCCACUCUUCUAAGAAUAUGCAAAGAGAUUUGAAAGAAAUAGAGCUAUGCGUAAGCUAAUCUGGCACACAAAUCUUGGUCACGUUAAUCUCACUCUUACAUUUGAUAAUGGAGAAUUUGAAUUUAAGUGUCUCCCAAUUCAUGCAAUCUUAAUUGGUUAUUUUGAUGAAACAAGAUUUAAUCCAGAAAAAGGAGUUUCAUCUGAUUUUUUGAGUCAAGAAACAUAGUUAUCAUAAAACUAAGUAAAGUAGAAAAUGGCUUUUUGGGUUCAUAAAGGAGUUGUAAGAGAGUUUAAAAAGUAAGUGCCAAAAGCUUAAUCAAGUAAUUUCAAGAAUUUCUAAGGAUACAAUGAAGAAGGUGCAGAGAACGCUGAUAAUGAUGUUAAUGUAUACUUUCCUGUUAGGGUUUAUGAGAAAUUUAGGGAUUCAGAAAAUCUUAUUUACUGUGAAGAUGAAGAAAAUGAAAUGAUUCUUAGAGAUUAGUCUUACAUAGGAUUUGAAAAUACUCAAUUUAUAAAAUAUAUCGAAAACUUGAUAAUUAGCAUCUUAAAUAAAACCGGUCCAAGAUCAGCUUCAUAACUACAUUGCUUGCUAAAGACACUCUAUAAAACUGAUUUAGAAUAUCCUGUUUAAGAAGAUUAGAUUAAAGAUGUGCUUAGAAAUAUGAGCCAAAAACAUAAAUUGAUAUUCAAUGGUGAAGACUACUCAUUACCUAUUAGUUAAGAAAAAGUUUAAUGA